AAGCUGGGCGGCUAGCGUUCCCCGCCCGCCCUUGUUAUCUGCAACUGUUCCGACGGAUUGUUGCAAACAAUCCGCGUGGGAAGCUCGGAGCAGAUGGAAUUAAUGGUGGUUGGACAACACGAUUGGAUAUACGGAUAUGGCAGGAGGAAAGAUUGCCGCAGCAAUGGGAAAUGGUCUGGCUGGGAGCGUUGAACGCUGCAAGAAGAGGACGCGAAGUUCCCCGCUUGUGCCAUGACGUCGACCCCGCUCGAGCUUCCUUGAGCUCCUGCUUGUCAAUCUUCGGAUCACACGAUUUUCGUUCCUUUCCUCCCUCUUAUUUUGUCUAAACUAGCAAGCAGUUUCCACCGAACAGCUGUGAGCAGCCAGAAAGACACAUCAUGCCUACCGUCACCGUCAACAACCACGGGAUCUAUUAUGCCGACUCCCACCCGGACGGAGCCCCAGCCAACGGCUCUACUUUCAUCUUCAUUCACGGGCUAGGCUCUUCGCAGAACUACUACUUCCCCAUCCUCCCAUUCCUCACCGAUCACCGGUGCAUCACAUUGGAUACUUAUGGCUCCGCCCGCUCGACCUACACCGGCCAGCCGGUAUCCAUCGAAUCCAUUGCCGCAGAUGUGAUCGCUGUACUGGACGCGUUGCAUGUGCCUCAGGCCGUGGUUGUCGGCCAUUCCAUGGGUGGACUGGUGGUGACCCUCCUGGGGGCCCAGUAUGCGGACCGUGUGAAGGCCGUAGUGGCCGUUGGUCCAACCCACCCGUCGGAGAAGUUGGCGUCUGUCAUGGGCCAGCGCAGCGAAACCGUUUUGAACUCGGGCAUGGAACCCAUGGCCAACACCAUCCCCAGUGGUGCCACGGGCACGCGCUGCUCGCCGCUCGCCAAGGCCUUGAUCCGCGAAUUGAUCAUCGGACAGAACCCCAAGGGAUACGCCGCUCUCUGCCAGGCGAUCGCCAAUGCUCCGGCUAUUGACUACUCGGCCAUCAAGGCGCCGUUUUUGUUGAUCGCCGGCGAGGAAGACAAGUCGGCUUCGCUGGAGGGGUGUCAGCAUAUUUUUGAUCACGUGUCGAGCGGGAACAAGAAGAUGGAAGUGUUGUCGCAGAUUGGGCACUGGCAUUGCGUGGAGGCGCCGGAGGAGGUGGGGCGGCUUGUCAGUGAGUUUGCAGCUGCUUUGUAGAUGGUAGACUGAGUAUAAUGGAGUCUGUGGCAAAGACUCGGCAAUAGGCCUGGUAUCAAGCUUAGGGUAGUGACCAACGACCCAGUUGGACUAUGACAUGACUCGCGAAUGAAGCAUUAGAAGGAAUUGAAAC